CUCCCUCCCCAACUGCUAUCUCCCUUCUUCUCUUUAUAUACUUCUUUUCUCUCUUUUCUUUUCUAUACGUCUUCCCAAUUCUCUUUCUUCCACAAACAUCAUUUCAAACUAUUACUUCAUCCAUGGCUGAGGAAGUUCACAAGUCUGAAGCUCAUCAAACACCUGUUUCUCAGGUUGAAGAAGUUGUGGUUGUAACUGAUGAGAAGACUGCGACAAUAACAAGUGCGGCUGUGCAGAAACCGGUGCCGCAGAGUGAAGAGGAGGAUCAGUUGAAGCCUACCCACAUUGAGGACGCUCCGGUUUUGGAGACUGAGACUGUGAAAUCCGGUGGUGAUGAUGGCGAGAAGGUGCCUGUUUCAGAUUCUUUCAAAGAAGAGAGCACUAGAGUUGCUGAUCUUGCUGAUAAUGAGAAGAAAGCUCUUGAAGAACUUAAGCAGCUUGUUCAAGAAGCGCUUAACAAGCAUGAAUUUAGUAAUGCCACCUCAUUAUCAUCAGCACCACCCACCGCACAUAAAGAAGAAGAAAAGAAAGCGGCUGCUGUGGUGUCUGAGGAGGAGAAAAAGCCAGCCCCGGAGGCACCAGCCGAAGCGGUUGUCGAAGAACCACCAAAAGCGGAGCCUGAAACCGUUGUCGAAGAAAAGAACGAAACAGAAAAGGAAGAUAGCGCUGCUGUGGCGGAAGCUGAAGUGGUAGAAGAAAAGAGAGCUGCGGUUGUAGUUGCUGAAACGGUUGAUGACGACGGUGCAAAGACUGUGGAAGCCAUAGAAGAGACUAUUGUAGCCGUGGCUUCAAUGGCUCCACAGGAGCAGCCCGAGUCUCCGGCCAAGGAUCAACCAGAGUCAAAGGAAGCCAUGACUCCACUAGAAGAACCUAAAGAUGCCAAGUCUGAGACUAGAAUGCCGCCGGAAGAGGUUUCCAUUUGGGGCAUUCCACUUCUGGCGGAUGAAAGAAGCGAUGUGAUUCUCUUAAAGUUUCUCCGGGCAAGAGAUUUCAAGGUGAAAGAAGCCUUCACAAUGCUGAAGAACACGGUUCACUGGAGGAAGGAGUUCGGCAUUGAUGAGUUGGUUGAAACAACAGACUUGGGUGAUGAUUUGGAGAAGGUUGUGUUCAUGCAUGGUGUUGAUAAAGAAGGACACCCAGUUUGCUACAAUGUGUAUGGGGAGUUCCAGAACAAGGAGCUUUAUCAGAAAACGUUUUCUGAUGAAGAAAAGAGGCAAAAAUUCAUGAGAUGGAGAAUUCAAUUCCUGGAAAGAAGUAUCAGAAAACUGGAUUUCAGCCCUGGUGGGAUUUCCACCAUUGUUCAGGUUAAUGAUUUGAAGAAUUCUCCUGGAUUUGGGAAAUGGGAGCUUAGACAAGCAACCAAACAGGCCCUUCACUUGCUUCAAGACAACUAUCCAGAAUUUGUUGCCAAACAGGUGUUCAUCAAUGUGCCAUGGUGGUACAUGGCAGUUAAUAGGAUGAUAAGUCCAUUUUUGACCCAGAGGACUAAAAGCAAGUUUGUCUUUGCUGGUCCUUCCAAAUCUGCACAGACCCUUUUCAGAUACAUAGCUGCUGAGCAAGUUCCUGUCAAAUAUGGAGGAUUGAGCAAAGAUGGUGAAUUUGCGCCCACUGAUGCUGUUACUGAGAUCACGGUAAAACCAGCGGCUAAGCACACAGUAGAAUUCCCAGUUACUGAGGAAUGCCAUUUGUCUUGGGAAGUGAGAGUGGUAGGAUGGGAUGUGAGCUAUUCUGCAGAAUUUGUCCCAAGUGCUGAAGAAAGUUACACAGUGAUAAUCCAAAAGGCAAGAAAAGUGACCUCAAAUGAAGAAGAUAUAGUGACUGAUAGUUUCAAGAUUGGUGAACCUGGGAAAAUUGUUCUCAUCAUUGACAAUUCAACCUCAAAGAAGAAGAAAUUAUUUUACCGUUUGAAGACCAAGCCUUCUUCUGGAUAUCCAACCUUCAAGGAUCAACUUUGUUCUGCCUAAUAAAUAUAUUAUUAUAGGGUGUUUAAUUAAUUUUUCUUCUUCUAUGUUUAAUUUAUUUUUAUUAUAAUUAUAUUUUUUGGGUUCUUUUAUAAUGUUAUUAAGAUUGUAUUGUAUACCAAAUUUUAAUUUAUUGGGUUGUGCGAUGUCGAUUUUGAGCAACAUUGCAAUGGAAAUUUUAUUGGGGUACGAGAAUUG